AUGUUCAGGGAGUCGUUCUGGAGUCCCGCGCCGCCGCGCGACUCGCUUCCCAAGCCGUUCACGUUUAAGAAGCCCGAGGGCAACGGUGCUGCUGCCAACAUCUCGCUCGUUCUCGUCGCAAUUCUUGCGACCGUAGGCAUAGCCAUUGCGCUGGCCAUGGUGUCCAUGCCACUCCUGGGGCUCAUCGAGUCGUACUUCACAGGAGAACCCGCCAGCCUCCCCGCGCUCUUCCCCCACCCGUACUCCCCGUUCGCCUACAUGGGUGGAGGUGGGGAGGAGUCCAUGAUGGUCACUGGCGGCUUUGACUCGGGCCUCAAUUGGGGUUGUGCCGAUGGGGAGAACUGCCAUCUCUCCAAGGUUCUUCUAGCAGCGGCGCUUGGCUUGUCCGCGCUGCUCAUCCUACUCAUGUGCCUUGCGUUUUUUGUGGAUAAGGUUCUAUCCAGAAUGCUGGGGCAUACCAUUCAAGCUCUCACACAACAUCAACUAAAAAGAAGGCCGUCAGAGAGCCAUAUUGGUAUCGACUGGAAAUUUCGGCUGUAUGGCAUGCGCCAAAUUUGCCGCAUGUGGAAAGGUGGACGAGUGGAGUUACUAGCAGGAAGUCCAGCAGGCUAUGAAGUGAGACAUAGAGGCAUGACAUUCUCGUUAUAG